CCCUUAAAAAAAAAAGAAACUGUCUUCGCCCAUUCCAUGAUGGCGCACGGUUCAUGAAAGAUCUGGAGUAUCUCUACCCUCAUGUCUGGGACCUGGUCUCCCCUUGGGACCUGAUUCUUGUGCUGUCAAGGUUCAUGGGUUCCCGCUUUGAACCCUUUGCUUCCUGCUCCCUCCUGCUUCUAUCCUGGAAGGUCUCCUUCUUGGUCGCUAUAUCUUUGGCCCAUAGGGUUUCCGACAUCAGGACACUCGCAUCAGAGCCGCCUUAUAUGGUCUUCUAUAAGGACAAGAUUCAGCUGCAUCUGCACCUGGCUUCUCUGCCCAAGCUCGUCUCCCAGUUUCAUACUGGUCAAGACAUAUAUUUACUGGUCUUUUGUCCAAAGCCUCAUGUGAUGGAUGAGGCAUGCAGGCUGUAUACCCUGGACGUCAGACGGGUGCUGGCCUUCUACACAGAUAGAAUGAAGCUGUUCUGAAUGUCAACGCAGUUGUUCGUUGCUGUCGCAGACAGGAUGAAGGGUUGCCCAGUGUCCGCCCAGAGAAUCUCGUCUUGGAUCACGGCCUGCAUCCACUAUUAUGAACUGGCAAAGGUGCCCCUGCCGACUAUCAUGAUGGCUCACUCCACUAGGGUGCAGGCAUCAUCAUCAGCCUUCCUGGUGCAGGUGCCGAUCCAAGAAAUCUGUCUGGCUGCAACCUGGUGAGAUAAUGCGAUGUUUAUUAGGGUUAGUUUCCAGGCAAGCAUUUUCCGAAGCUCUUCACACCAGUCGGGCUUAUCUCUAUACACCGAUAGUCUGUUUCCCAGUGUUCCCUUCCCAGCUCUGACACUGCAGAACCUUGCCUGUGUCCCUAUUCCCAUUCCCCCCCUUAACAAACAUGAUUCCAAUUUCCCUUCCCCCCGUUUAACACCAGUUUAUAUAAUAAAUAUUCUCAGCUAUACCUUAACCAAUCAUUUUACUGAAAUUUAACUAACCAAUCCUAACAUGUAACAUAAUUCCCUAACCAAUUAUAUCCCACUACCCUAAUUAACUUACACCUAGCAAAAUUAAUUAUACAUCAGACAGAAACAAUUAGAGAAUCAGACAGGUUAACAAUAGUAAAGUGGGGGACGUAAAGAUAAAACAAUACAGAAAUGAGGGUUUCACAACCAUUGAGAAGUGAUUUCUAGCCAGACAGGAUGCUAUCAAACUAAGUUUUCUUUAACCAUCUGAAGAUCUGUUUCUUUAUCUGGUGGUGAUGGGCACUAUCUUUCUAGCAGCCCAAUACCACCUUAUUUCAGUGUAACUGGUUUGGAAUGUGACCCUACGCUUCCCGGCUUAUGGCUCCCCCUGCAGCUUAGCCAAAGGCCUUAGCCUAAGAACAAGGCUCAGACCAUCCUAAUGAGACAAGGCCCAGACACAGGCGGACUGUGAUUUAGAUUUUUUGUUUUUAUACCCCUGUAACUAGCUAAGUGAUAAAAAUACACCUACGUUCUUAAAGUAUAGGCUUUACAGGCAGGCCUGAAUAUCUAUAUUCUAACAGUGGGUUCUACCCCUUCCCCCAUUCUGUGUCUGUCUUGUCUAUUUAGAUUGUAAAUUCUUCAGGGCAUGGGCCAUCUACUAUUCCGUGUUUGUACUUUGCCUACCACAAUGGGGACCCACUCUUAGUUGGUCCUUAGGCACUAAGGUAAUGAAUAUGAUUUAUUAUAAUAACUCUCAUGCCACAUUGAGCCAAGGAAGCUGGCCUUGGGAUGUUACUGCUUAAAAAUGAGCUGGGGUUAAAACCAUGGAAUAUUCUUUGUGACAAGUAUCCCACAAAUUCCACUGACCUCCCUUCUUUUCUUUGCCUUGAGUAGGGUUUCCAGUUUCCAAACCUGAUGUGAUGUCGCAUCUGGGACGAGGGAAAGAGCCGUGGGUCCCAAACCUCCAGGGCUCUGAGAAAGAAGUGCUCCCGAGAGCUGCCUGCACAGGGAGUGACCUACAUCUGGAUUCUCUCUGUCACCCAUCAGGUCUUGGGAUGGUGAGUGAGAAUGAGGAAGAGAAACCCCGGCAGGAGGAUGCUGAGCAAGUAGAACCACAUGGGACGUUAUCAGAAAGAUCCAAAGGAAAUGUUUCUGGGAGUUGUGCACUCCCAGGAAAAGCAAAAGCCUGUGAGAGUCAGCAGAGGCCAGAGGAAAACUUGAGCCACUCAGAUCUUAUUACACGUGAGAGAAUCAACUUGGAAGAGACACACUACACAUGCCAUGAGUGUGGGAAAAGCUUCAAUGGGAGCUCAGACCUUUUCACACAUCAGCGAAUCCACAGAGGAGAGAGACCCUACAUAUGCUCUGAGUGUGGGAAAAGCUUCAGUCGGAGCUCAGCCCUUAUCACACAUUGUAGAAUCCACACAGGAGAGAAACCCUACACGUGCUCUGAGUGCGGGAAAUGCUUCAGUUGGAGCUCAAACCUUUUCAAACAUCAGAGAAUUCACACGGGUGAGAAACCUUAUGGAUGCUCUGAGUGUGGGAAACGCUUCACUGAUAGUUCAACCCUCAUCUCACAUCAGCGAAUCCACAUAGGAGAGACGCCCUACACAUGCUCCGAGUGUGGGAAAACCUUCAAUCAGCGCUCAAACCUUAAUAGACAUCAGAAAAUCCACACGGAUGAGACACCCUACACAUGCUCUGAGUGCGGGAAAAGCUUCCAUUAUAGCUCAAACCUUAUCACACAUCAGAGAAUCCAUACAGGAGAGACACCCUACACAUGCUCUGAAUGUGGGAAAAGGUUCAAUCGGAACUCAAACCUUAUCACACAUUGUAGAAUCCACACAGGAGAGACGCCCUACACAUGCUCUGAGUGUGGGAAAAGCUUUAAUCAGCAUUCACACCUUAUCAGACAUUGUGGAAUCCACAGAGGAGAGAUGCCCUACACGUGCUCUGAGUGUGGGAAAUGCUUCAGUCGGAGCUCACACCUCGUCACACAUCGGAGAAUCCAUACAGGAGAGAUGCCCUACACAUGCUCUGAAUGUGGGAAAAGCUUCAAUCACAGCUCAAACCUUAUCAGGCAUCAGAAAAUCCAUAUGAGAGAGAACUGUAAUAAAUGCCUUGACUAGGGCUGGCCAAAGACUUUUUUUUUUUUAAAUCACAUUUGCUAAUUUGCACAUAGUGAUCUUUGCACCAUCUUCACCGUAGUCUCUCAGCUCGCCCACAUGAGUUGCCUGCUUCUGCCUUUUUCAGCUCACCCUUCUUUGGGGUCAGUCCUGUGAUCAUUUCUAUCAACUCCUUUCCUUUUGAGGCAUAGGAGUGUGUGUCCCUCCAGCCAGGAAUAUUGAGGGAGAGGUUUGAUCCCAACAAGCUACACUGAGGCAAAAACUACCUGUUCCUUACAUCCACCAGGACUGUACAUGGCAUUGGCUGCUCAAGUUAGUGAUCUUGGUGUAAAAAGACAAUCAUAGUUGUAGUGCAGAUGCAGCCCAGGUGCAGUGGUUGGCAUUAGCUUUCCCCUUGACCUGACCUAAACUCCAUCACUUUUCCUAGUCUAAACAAACCCUGAGCAUCACGGUUAUACUGUCCCCCCCCAUUUCAAAGCAAUUGUUAGGUAUCAAGUUCUCCCUUCGGGAACAAAUUGUUUCAUUCCCAGUUGCUCUGAUGUUGCUUCAGGUUGUGCUGGAGAGCAGAUAUUUUUACUACUAUUUUCCUCACUUAAAAUAUACAAAUGGCAGGGAUAGGGGAAAAUGUUAUUUCACCUCUGUAACAACAGAAGAAGAUAGGGUAAGGCAGAGGGAUUUCAUUAUUCCCCAUCACCAUCCCAAUCCCCCUGUUGUUCAAUUGGUUAGGUCAAUAUUUUUUCUGAAGGGCUGAGAAGAGGAUUCCCUAGUCCUUGGUAGUCCAUCGAUCCGAUGAUGACAAAUCUGUGCAAAUCAUCAGUUGUUGGUCACUUGUAACUAAGCAAAAUACCCAUGCAUUGGUCUCCCAAAGCAGUUGUGGCCCAAGCCCUGCAGGAGGUCGCUCCUGAAGAUAUCUCCUUCCUAAUCAGGUGCGUGUUGCCUAUUAUUUGGGAAAUGCAAUCUCUAGCUAGGUAGGGAUGGGAAAAAUGGAAGUGACAUUGCUGUUCAACUCACCCAUGGGAGAUGCUGCUGCAAAUGUGUAGAAAAUGAAAUCUGUGUUAAAUGUGAUAUAGCUGCAGAAAGAAACCUAUUUUUAAUGGAUACCUGACAUUUGGCUUCUUACAGGGAUUCUAAAACGCACCUGAAUUUAGUCCCUAAUUUAAAUCUGUGCCACCAGAUUAAAGAAAUAAAAGGGCAUAUUUGGGGGAGUUAUACCUCAUUAUCGCUACUGAUAUGUUGGGUGGUUGGUGGGGAAUUCUAUGCCAGAGAAGUGUAAAAUUACUCCAAGUAAGGUCAAAGAUAGACCUUGCAGAUACUAGUGGUUGAUUUUCACCCCAGAGAUGGACGCUAGGGUGACCUGUGGCCCAGGUAAACUAUUUUUAGAAUGCUGCUCCCUAGUUAAGUGGCAGUGAUCACGCUCCUAAAGGAUGCCAUGAUUAAAUUGGAUCCAAAUGGUAAAAGACAGUUGUUCCCAAAGUUUGAUGAAUCAGAGAGAGACAGCUGGUUCCAUGCCUAUGGGUCCCAAUCUGGCUGCCUUGUUGGACAAGAAGCACUUCCAUGCUGGGCAAAUGAUGGUGCCAAUGGGGCAGUAUAUCAGAUUCCAAAUUCAGACUGCAGGAUAUAUGAACGCUGAGUCCAGAGUAUGUGGUUUGGUCUCUUAAUUUUGCUCUUAAUCUAAUGUAUUUCUAUCACUUCUCCACCUCUUGCUACUUUGAAAGAUUAGAAAGUGUGAAAAUAGAGCACAGGUGGUUUUUCUCAUGAUGCAAGCUUCCCACGUAGUGUGAGACCCCUUCAACCCACACUUCUGGGAGAAGACCCAGGGAGACAUGAACUCACAGGAAUGGAAGGCUCCUCGGUUAUUGUAGAAUGUAACUUCACACAAAGCUCACUGGUGGAAUUAAGAGAAAACUGCCCUAUAGGUUUAUAUUUUGUAAUCUUUGAAAAAGUUGUUACCAGCGACAAUGAAAUUAAACGUGAAGUUAAUUAGUGUAACAUAAGAGUCUGAUUAUGUAAUAACUUUCAGUGUUACAAUAUAAUUCAGGUUUUUUUCUAGUUCUCUCCCUGUCCCUUCCUACUAUAUUGGAAAUGGUGGCUAAUCCUGAAAUUAAAAUCUCAACUCCAAAGGAAUUAGAGUGGGGGAAUAUGUGAGAGAAAUAGCAUGUACGAGAAUAGAGACCCAAUAUAGACUGUAAUUAUUUCUAUGUGAAAUGGAAUUUAUUUUGAUAAAUUUUAAAAUAAAUCUUUCAUGAAGAGGAAAAUUA